AUGAAGUCAAAACAGUAUGUUCUGUUUGUCCUUGUUUAUGUGGAUGAUAUUCUUGUCACUGGUUCUGAUUCUAAGGUUCUUAAAUCAUUUAUUCGAGAUCUGGACACCCAUUUUGCUCUCAAAACUUUAGGAUCAAUGAAUUAUUUUUUGGAGUUUGAAGUCCAUAGAGACAGCACUGGUAUCUAUCUUGCUCAGUCCAAAUACAUCAUAGAUUUGUUGAAAAAGGAUGCUAUGCAAGACUGUAAGCCUUGUUCUACACCAGUCAAUUUGGGGGUUUUCUUAACAGAUGAUGGGGAGUUGUUUUUUUAUCCUUCUCUCUAUAGAACUAUUAUUGGUUCUCUGCAAUAUCUUACAUAUACCAUACCUGAUAUUGCUUUUAUGGUGAACAAACUAAGUCAGUUUUUAUCCUCACCAAAGCAACAACAUUGGUUAGCUUGCAAGAGAUUACUUCGGUACCUAAAGGGUACAGUUGGACUAGGUUUAUUGUUCACUCCUUCUCCUGAUGAUCUGUCUCUUACAGUUUAUACGGAUGUAAAUCAUGCUGGUUGUAAGGUUACGAGGAAGUCUACAAGUGGUUUAUGUGUAUUUCUUGGUAAAAAUUUGUUAAUUUGGAGUUCAAGAAAGCAGUCUAUGGUUGCUAGAUCUAUUGGAGAAGCUAAGUAUAGAGCUAUUGCACAGGGUUUCACUAAAAUUUUGUGGCUGAAGUCUCUGUUUUCUGAAUUAGGCUAUCCAUGUUCCAAAGUUCCAAUUAUAUGGAGUGAUAAUAUGGCAACAAUGAGCAUAGCUGAGAAUCUUGUGUUUCAUUCCCGUACUAAAGAUAUUAAAAUUGAUGUUUACUUUGUUCAUGAGAAAGUUGAGAAUAGUGAAGUUGAAAUCAGAUAUGUUCCUACACUCUAUCAAAUUGUUGAUAUCUUCACUAAGGACAAGUUACAGCUCAAGACUUCUUCCUCUAUGGAGUCUGAUUUGAGGGGGAAUGUAGAAGAGAAAUAG